GCUGACGUGUGGUGAUGGAAAGUGCGAACCCUGAAGGAGCGCGUGAACGCAGCACGAGAGGCGCGUCUCGACGCACAGCUGAGGUGAGAAGAGAGCAGCGAGAAGUAAUGAAGGCUGACCGCACAGCCUCAAAAAUGUGGACGGAGGUGAAAAACAAGAGCAUGACUGCCGUCAGCGAAGGGAACAGCUCGAAGAUGGUUGACCUAGAUCUGCUUACUGGGCAGCUGUCACACACAGUUCAACAGAGAAACGGUUCAACUGCAGCUGCUACUCGCCCUUCUCGCACAGAGGAGUCUUUAACCGCGACCAGUGGAAUCAUCCCUGGUGCAAUCGCUGCCACAGUGUUCAUUGCCUUUUUCCUUGCGCUCUACGCUGUCCUCUGGAAGUGCAUGGUGUCACCACCGCAACGAAAGCACAGCAAGGUGAGGGUAAGAGUACAGCAGAGGACCUCUGCGUGAAGACUGGCCCCUGUUCAGCAGGUCAUUGUGGAUCUUAAUGGUGCGGACUGAAAUCAGAGAGCAGACUUUGCUCUCAGUCAGAGAACAGCACCAGUGUGACAAUAAGAAGAUCCUCCUAAUGGAUCCAAAGAUCAAACUACAAAAGACCUGACUCAGCUGAGUGGAUGUUUCCCUCAGCUUAACUGUCUGCUGGUGGCUCCUGUUGACUCUAAGCUCCAUGUUGAUGUGAAACUCUUUUUGGCAGGUCAGACUGUGCUGCUUUUUUUUUGUUUGUAUUUUUCCUGUAACCUCUGCACUACUGAGGGACGUGGCGGCUGUGACCACAGCUCGCUCCAGUGACCAAUAAGCUGUGUGUACAUGUGUCUGAGAGAGAGAUUGUGGUAUAUUUAGUACAUAUAGAUUUUGCAUGAUUUUUGCAUGUUUUGUGCCUGCACCAAAUGUACAGUUAGCUUUUAAACAUGUCCUCUUUUCUGCCGUAGUAUUUCUUUAUAAUAAUUUUGAGGUUAUGGUGUCAGUAGGCUUCAUUUCCGUUUUCCUUGUUUUCAGUGAAAACUCUUAAAGCUGCCAGGAUGUUCAGGAAAAUGAGCCAAUCAAGUCUUUAGACAUCAUUUACUCUUGAAACCUGUAUUUUAAUUUGUUUUCCUCUCUUGUCUGAAAUUCACAUGACUUAUUCACUUCACUACUCAGGAUGCUGUUACUACUCUAUGACCUUUGACUCUCUAUAAUAAACUGUGACUUCUGUUUU